AUAAUAAUGAAAUGUAUGUAAUGUGCUGAAGUUAUCAGCAGUGUUACUUUUCUUUCGUGAAUUAUAACCUCAAUCAAUCAGUCAAUCUCUGUCAUUCUGUCAACAAGUUCGAGUUUUGGUGUGAUUUUUCUUAGAAUACAAACAUGAGUCUGAUAGCAAGAUUUGCAUGGCAUUUCCCCUCUGCAUUGUCUUCAGUGCAGGUCCAGAGUGUGAGGUUCAGAUAUCACGCAGAAAAAUUGGCCAAAGGGAAAUUGCUACGAAGAUUUGGUUACACGGAAAAGUUGUUGGAACGAGGAACACUUCCACAUGUGGACGGGACUAGACUGCCCACGCCUGUGUACCGACCGAAGGAUUUUUGGAAUGAGAGAAGAGCAUUGUUUGGGCAAAACGAUUACAUUGAUAUAUUGGGCAAUGAUAACCUCCACCCUACCAGACUCCUCUAUAAUGUGCCAGCUUGGUUGAGAGGAUUCAAAGGAAAUGAAUAUCAACACUGUUUACGAAGAAAGAACAUGCUGCGUGAAGGUUCUGAACACUACGAAAAACCUGUGAAAUGGCAAAAUCUAAUGAAGAGAACCAAAUAUUUAUAUAGGUUUUUAAAUAAGUACACCAAAACUGGUUUUACAAAUAAAUCAAGUGGUUAAGUGUUGUUAUAUUUUUCUUUAAUAAAAUAUAGUUGUGCAGUUUUA